AUGUGGGGUGAUGUUUGCUUUCUUGAAGAAGAUGAGAAUGCUCCAUUGGCGGUAAAACGCAUGUGUAUUAAAACUGUGAAGUCUUCCUUAAUUCAUGAUAAGAUUAGGGUGGUGGCUCAAGGAAUAGAAUAUGUUGUUACAGUGCGCGAAAUUUCUAAUUGGGAACCGGAUAUGAUGGAGGAAGGUUAUAUUGACUCAGAUAUUCCGGAUUUGUCAGGCGAUGAGGAAGAAGAUGUAUGUUUUGAUGAAGAUGAGAUUGAAGGUCUUAAAGUAAAAGAUGGUGAGAAGGUGGAUGAGGGGCAUGGGGAUUCUUUCAGUACAGAAAACAUGCAUAGUAAAGGGGAUAGAGGUGUCGGGUUUGUGGAUAGAAAAGGCGGGUUUUUUCAAACUAAUAUUAAAAGAAAGGGCAAUGAGGUAGUGGAUGGGGGUUCUUCUUCUUUCGUUGCUGCUGCCGCUCCUGGUACGGAUGUGAAUCAAAGUGAACCGGUAAUGCAUAGAGAUGUUUCUCCGGAUAGGUUGGCUGAGGAUGUGAUGCCAAAUGGACCCACACAUGCGGUGGAUGAUGUGGAGGGUGAGAGGAUUUCAGAAUCCCUUUCGCAACAUCCUGGUUUUCGGCGAAAGAAAUCAUCUUCUUCUUUUGGAUCCUCUAAGUUGGUGAAAAAAAAGUCCCAGUAG